AUGAAGCUAAUCGAGUUCAGGUUGGCCAUGCCGCUAAGCAUGGAGGAGUAUCGAAUCUGCCAGCGAUACCUUCUGGCAAAGGUCUCACACGAGGAUGCAGACAAUACAAUCAAUGGAGUGGAAGAGAGUAAAAGAACAGAUGGAAGAAGCCUAGUGUUAUUUAAAAAGGGAACAUAUGAAGAUAACAAUGGAGAGUUAGGAGAUUACACAUUCAAGAGAAUGAACCUUGUAAAUAAAAUACCAAAAUGGUUGCUAAAUUUUGUGAAUCCAAAAUAUUGUCUUAUAGAUGAAAAAUCAUGGAACUCUUAUCCCUAUUUAAAGAUCGUGUACGAAACUGCUGGAUUUCCUAAAGCACAUGUACAAGUAGAAUCAGGUUACCAUUCAGGGUUCAAUACAGAGGAUAAUAUGUUCAAUAUUUCGGAGGAGUUACUUCCACAGAGGAAGGUUAUUCUAAUAGAUAUAGCGAAUGAUAAAGUGAGUCCUAAGGACUACGUACCUGAAGAAGACCCAUCCAUUUUUUACAGUGAAAAAGCAAAAAGAGGAAGACUAGGAGAAAAUUGGAUUGAGAAUAGCAAAGUUAUUAUGACAUGUUAUAAAUUAUUUAGUAUAGAUAUUCCUUACUUUGGGAUUUUUUGCUCUAAGUUAGAAAACUGGAUUGCACUAUGCUGGAUUGAUCAUUGGUAUGACUUAACUGAGGUAGAUGUACAUAAAUUCGAAGAUGAGAUACAGAAAAAUUUAGAAAAUUUUUGGAAAGAAGUUGGGCUUGAUGUAGAAGCAGAUUCGUCCGUGGCUGUGCAGUUUAUGGCUGACCGAGAAGCUCGUAGUUCUAGUACACAAAUUGCGUAUGAUUCCGUUGAGGGAGAGAAUAUCGAAAUGGAUGAAGCAUCCAUUGGUGCUAUCAAGGAUGAGUCUCCUGAUGGAGACGUUGCCUGUGUUGCUCCGCCUGCUGCUCCGUCUGCUGCUCCGUCUGCCGCUCCGUCUGCUCCUCCUCCUCCUGCUUUUGUCCCUCCUCCUCCUUCUCCUUUUCCUCCUGCUGCUCCGAUAAAAGAGCAGGCGAAAAAAAUUCCUGACGUUAAAGGUAGUAGUACCCCUUCUGUUGUAAGCACUAGCGCAUCUGAGGCAUCGGAAAUCUCGGAGAGCCAACCAAGGAAGAAAAACGAAGAUAGGAAGAAAAAGAAGAAAAAGAAAAAGGGAAGCGAAGGGGGGAAGGAGAGUGAACGUAAGGAGAGUGAACGUAAGGAGAGUGAACGUAAGGAGAGUGAACGUAAGAAGAGCUCCCUGUCGAAAGACCAAAAGGGAAGUAAAAAGGGAGGAGACGUGGAAGAAAAAGCAGUAAAAGAAGUGGAAGAAGUGAAAGAAGUGGAAGAAGUGAAAGAAGUGGAAGAAGUGGAAGAAGUAAAAGAAGACGAAAAAGUAAACGAAGUGGAAGACGAAAAAGUAAACGAAGUAGAAGACGAAAAAGUAAAUGAUGGUCCCCAUCCAAGUGAAAGUCAAGGUAACCAAGAAGGGGGAGGAUCUUCGAAGCUCAGAGGAGCUGCUACAGCAACCCAAACGGAGGAAGAAGGCCAUUUCCAAAAUUCCGAAGCGGGAGAAGAAGCAGAGGAAACCAAUUCGGGUACGUUGAAUGUGGACGAUGGAGCCCACUCGCAGAAGCAAGAACCCAUUGGGGAUGCAGAAGUGGGGGAAGGAAACAGCAACAAGAAAGUGGCGGAGGAAGAAGGACCCACGAAGACGAAAAGGUCCAAGGGUAGUAAAUCAUCAGAGGGAAGAACCUCAAAGGAUGAAACCAAGAAGAAAAAGUCCGACAAGUCGUUAUCCUCAGGUAGAAAGGAAGAAGGCAUGAGGAAGGUAGAAGAAGAAGCACAAAAAAGCAGGACGCUUUUUACACCAAGUGAUACCAAAAUUAGGAGCCGACUUCUGAGAGAGGUGCAUAAUGUAGAAGAGGAUGCUCUCCUAAGGGAGGACGAAGAAGGGGAAGGGGAAGGAGCAGAAGGAGUGGUGGUGUCCCCCAUGGCAGGAAGAACAGACGACCAUGGCAACAUCGUGCAGAAGAACUUAAACAGAGAUGCGGUUCAAAUGGGAACAGAAUCUCAUCAUGUUGAUUUAGCGUUUUCAUACAAGGGGGGUCAACCGCUGCAUGGUCAGUAUGCAGAGUAUCUACACCGAGUAAACGAAGGAGUGGUUCGCCCAUGGAAGUUACACUACGUUUUCGUGACAAAAAAUAAAAUGAGCUCCGUAGAAGGUGGACUGAUGAACCCUUUGUCAGCAGAACAACACGUGAAAGGUCUCCAUGUGAAGAGGAUCGGAAAAUUUAAAGGAGGGGACGGCUUACUUAUGGCCAGCCCCUUCACCCAAAGGAUGUACAUGUUGAAUUAUAAAAAUGGAACACAGAUGAGGAAGUGCAAGAUUGAUGUCGCGAAUAAUGGAGAAGGAGUAAAUGAUCUGCUUCUCUCCCUUAAGAAGAAGUACCUUUGGGAGGAUAAAGGAAAUGGUUUAUUCACCCCAAUUGAUUUGGAAAAUUUUUAUCCACGUGAAGGGAGCGGAAGAGUGGAGUGUAUGUCCUGGGAGGGAUACUCAGUGCCAUCUAACGAUGGGAACACUAUUUUGAAUUCCUUUAGCGUGGUUAAUAAUGCCGUGGAAGACAAUCAAAUUUUGAACGAGUUUGUAGAGAACAUGGAGAGUAUAAACAAUUACAGGAGAGACAUGAGACGCAAAGAUAGUGACACGUCCCUUAGCCUCUUUUAUAUCAUCGUAGUGGUAUCUUUUGUGUAUUUAUUCAUGUCCGUUUAUAAACGCUUUAGGUCCCUUUUUUACGUCCUGCUGUCUGCUUUCAUGUGCGCAUGUGCAUUCGUGUACUAUGAGUAUUGGAACCUCUCCUGCUUCGACCAUGGCAAUAAUGGGCACAAGCUUUCCAUGAGCGUCCCAGCGAGCAUUAACUCAGUGACGUCCUUCCUAGCUGACGAGAGGAAGCAACAAUCCCGAGAGGAGUUUUACAACACCAUUUACAGUAGCCUUUACGAUAACAUUUACCAGAUGAAUAAGUGGACGAUGAACAAGUCGACGCUGAACAAGUGGACGCGGAACUUCGCAUCGAACUCCCUCAAUGCGCAGUUCCAAAGCGCAGUUUUGAGCAACUUUAAUGAAAUGCUUUCCUCCAAAAAUGUGAAGUAUGCUCAAUAUAUGAUGAACACCUUAUGGGGGAAGAAAUGA